AUGAUUGUCUUUCUUGAAAUGGUGGCCAAGGAGCAAAAAGUCAAGCUGUUUGUCGAUUGGCACUCUUACUCGCAGCUCGUCAUGUCUCGAUACGGAUACAACUGCGACAAAAAGCCAGCCCGCGACGCCGACCUCAUGGGCCUAGCAAAAAGCGCCGCUGACGCCUUCGGCAAAGCCAAAGGCGCACAGUAUAAAGGCAGCCGCGCUUGUGAAAUCAUGUAUGUCACCUCUGGCGGCAGCACACAUUUCGUCCUGGAGAAGAUUGGCGCCGAGUACAGCUACACGCAGAAGUUCCGCGACAAGGGCCAAAAGGGCCUUCAUAUUGCCCCCGAGCGGGAUCAAGCCCAGCGCCGAGGAAUCCUUCGCCGGCGCACUGCACAUGAUGGAGAAUGUCAAGUAACUAAGUUCGGAUAG